UAUGGCGCUGGAGAAACUCGGCGUGCAGAGCAAGUUUAAAAUAUAUAAAGAAUUCCAUGUUGAAUUGGACAUUUGAUCACGUGCAACGGAACUUUCACUUAAAAAAAUUGAUGAUGAAAAAUCGGAAUAAAUUUUUUCUUUAAGUUUUAUUGGGUUUAACACAAUAUCAGCAUUUGCAGAACACUUUCUGUAACUGUAUAACAAAAGAUGUAUUCCAUUUAUAAACAAACCCACCCCCCAACUGGGAUAGAGCACUGCGUGUACUGUAAUUUUUUCAACACGUCUGAGCGGAAUCUAGUGAUUGCAGCAGUAAACAAGCUGUAUGUGUAUCGGUUAAAUCCAGACCCAGAGGAUGAAAGGAAUGAAAAAGAAGAACCUAGAAAGCAAGAUUACAAAGUGAAACAGAAAAUGGAGUGUCUGGCAAACUUCACUUUGUAUGGAAAUAUUAUGUCGAUGAAGUUUGUAAAACUGCCCGGUUCUCUCCGCGAUUCCCUGUUAUUAAGCUUCUCUGAGGCAAAGUUGUCAGUUGUUGAAUAUGAUCCAGGAACACAUGACCUACAGACAACCUCAUUACACUUCUUUGAAGAGUCAUCUAUGAAGAGCGGAUUUUACACAAACUAUAAUAUUCCUGAGGUUAGAGUGGACCCAGAUGGGAGAUGUGCAGCCAUGCAUGUCUACGGCAGUCACAUGGUUAUUCUACCCUUCAGGCGAGACGUCAUGGCAGAGGAGGGAGACAACUUGGCUGGGGCUAGCAAGUCUCCAAUCCUCUCCUCCUACAUCAUUGAUCUGAGGAAUUUUGAUGAGAAGAUUAUCAAUGUCAAAGACUUUCAGUUUCUCCAUGGUUACUACGAGCCAACUAUAUUUAUUUUGUUUGAACCACUCCAAACAUGGGCAGGGAGGACUGCUGUUCGAGCUGACACCUGCAGCAUUGUAGCCAUCUCCCUCAAUCUCCAAGAGAAGGUCCACCCUAUUAUCUGGUCCCUAGGUAGUCUCCCCUUCGACUGCUGCCAAGUCUUACCCGUGCCUAGACCCAUUGGUGGUGUGAUAAUCAUAGCUGUCAAUUCCCUUCUGUACUUGAACCAGAGUGUACCGCCAUAUGGAGUGUCACUGAAUAGUAUAUCUGCCCAGAGUACUCUGUUCCCACUGCGGGUACAGGAGGGGGUGAGGAUAGCCCUGGAUUGCUGUCAGGCCGCGUUUAUGUCUUACGACAAGAUAGUGCUUUCCCUCAAAGGAGGAGAAUUGUAUGUUUUGACUCUUGUGGUGGACGGGAUGAGAAGUGUGCGUAGCUUUAACUUCGACAAAUCAGCUGCCAGCGUACUCACAUCUUGUAUGUGCGUGUGUGAAGAUGGGUUCCUUUUUCUGGGGUCCAGGUUAGGAAAUUCUCUUCUGUUAAAAUACACAGAAAAAGCAUCAGAGAGCUUAGAAAAUGGAGACACAGAUGCAAAGAAAGAAGAGGAGCCAGUUGCAAAAAGAAAGAAAAUUGAAGGUUCAACUGAAAUUGCCUCUGACGUGUCUCAGAUCGAGAAUCUAUAUGAUCUGGAAGUGUACGGCAGUGCAGAGAACCCAACAAGUACCACCAUCACCAGCUACGUAUUUGAAGUGUGUGAUAACAUUUGGAACAUCGGCCCGUGUGGGAACAUCGUGAUGGGUGAGCCGGCUUUCUUGUCAGAAGAGUUCAGUAGUUGUAUAGACCCCGACAUUGAGUUGGUGAUGACAUCGGGCAAUGGAAAGAAUGGUGCCCUGUCUGUCGUUCAGCGCAGUAUUCGUCCGCAGAUUGUAACGACAUUCGAGUUACCAGGAUGCUUGGACAUGUGGACGGUCAAAUGUAUUAUACCUGGUGAAGUCAAGGAGGACAAAGAAUCUUCUGAGGAGGAGGAGGGAUCAGAGAGCAAUAUCAAGGGAGGCCACUCCUACCUCAUCCUCAGCCGCAGCGAUUCCAGCAUGAUUUUGGAGACUGGUCAGGAGAUGAACGAGUUAGACCACAGUGGCUUCAGCACACAGACUACCACUAUUUAUGCUGGUAAUAUUGGAGGGGAUCGAUACAUUUUACAGGUGUCUGACACAGGGCUCAGGCUGCUGGAGGGAGUGAGACAAAUUCAGCACAUUCCCCUGGACACCGGGUCUCCUAUUGUCCAGUGCUCAGUCGCGGAUCCCUACAUAGUGUUACUGACACAAGAGGGGCAAAUCUUAAUGUUCACUCUCAGGACGGAGUCCGUGGGGCUGGGAGUCCGUCUGGUGUUGGGGAGGCCAUCCAUUUCACAGCAUUCCAAGGUAGAAGUGAUUUGUGCUUACAAAGAUGUGAGUGGUUUAUUUACCUGUAUGAACAAGAUGGAUGACGUUCAGACCCCCACCGACCCUAAAGCCUUGAAGUCUGCGGCAGAAAGAUCAUUCAGCCUGGAUGCCAAAACAGCAGACGAAGAGGAUGAACUAUUGUAUGGGGAUAGUGACACUGCAGUAUUUCAGAGUUCUUUUAACAUGAGCCAAACAUCAGAAUUAGAAAGUCCUUCCAAAGACAAGAAAGGGGCAGAAUCUAAACCCACCUUCUGGGUUCUCUUGUGUCGAGAAAAUGGAGUGCUGGAGAUAUACAACUUACCUGAUUAUAAAAUGGUGUACUAUGUGAAAAAUUUCCCAAUGGGUCAGAAACUCCUUGUGGAUUCCGUCCAGAUCACGGAUAAAUUGAGCUCAGCUGGGGAGCGGCAGGAGAAGAUGAAUGCAGAAUGUCCAGCCCUGAAGGAAUUACUGAUGGUAGGACUGGGCUAUAAGGACUCCCGCCCACAUCUACUGGCCAGAGUUGAAGAUGACCUGUAUAUAUAUGAAGCCUUCAGCUAUCCCCAGUCCACGAUCGACAAUCACCUAAAGCUGAGAUUCAAAAAAAUCCAGCAUGAUCUCAUACUCCGCGAAAAACGCACAAAAAGUAGGAAGAAAGAUCCCGAGGAGUUCCAAAAGGAUGACAAAGUGGUGGGGAAGAUGCGGUAUUUCAAAGAUGUGGCGGGUUACAGUGGCGUGUUUAUCUGUGGGGCGUAUCCACAUUGGAUAUUUAUCACGUCCCGCGGAAGUUUACGGAUCCACCCCAUGGGGAUUGAUGGUCCAGUUUGGUGCUUCUCAGAAUUCCAUAAUGUCAACUGUCCACAUGGAUUCUUAUAUUUCAACAAGAUGGGAGAACUCAGGAUAAGUGUCUUACCCACUCAUUUGACCUAUGAUGCCCCCUGGCCAGUCCGUAAGGUCCCCCUUCGGUGCACCCCUCACUUUGUGGCUUAUCACUUCGAGAGUAAGAUCUACGCAGUAGUUACCAGCACACCAGAAAUCUGUAACAAACUUCCCAAGACAACCACAGAGGAGAGAGAGUGGGAUACUAUAGAAAAGGAUGAAAGAUUCAUUUACCCCACCACUCCCCGGUUUACCUUACAACUCUAUAGUCCCACCUCUUGGGAAGUUGUCCCCAAUACAAAAAUUGAGUGUGAGGAAUGGGAGCAUGUUGUGACGAUGAAAACCAUACGACUGAGAUCUGAAGAAACCUUGUCAGGGUUCAAGUCCUACAUUGUCAUGGGAACCAAUCUGUCAUUAGGAGAGGAGGUCACUUCCAGGGGCAGGGUAAUUAUCGCUGACAUCAUAGAAGUCGUGCCAGAGCCUGGUAUGCCUUUAACCAAAAACAAGAUAAAGACUGUGUAUGAAAAAGAACAGAAGGGCCCCGUGACAGCAAUAGCGGACAUCAAUGGCUUACUGAUAACAGCGAUAGGACAAAAGUUAUACAUAUGGCAGCUUAAAGACAAUGAUUUAAUGGGCGUGGCCUUCAUUGACACUCAUAUCUACAUCCACACCCUAGUCACCAUCAAACACAUCAUCCUGGCUGGGGACAUUCUCAAAAGUGUCUCUUUCUAUCAGUAUCAGGAGGAGCACAAAGUCCUCUCCAUCGUCAGUAGGGACGCUAAACCUCUGGAGGUCUAUACAGGAGACUUUUUGAUAGAUAGUACACAAUUGUGCUGCUUGGUGUCUGACAGAAUGAAGAACCUUGUAGUGUAUUCUUAUCAACCAGAAGCCAGAGAAAGUCAUGGUGGACAGAGACUGAUUCGCAAGGCCGACUUUAAUUCUGGUUCCCACAUUAACAGCAUGUUCCGUGUCCGAUGUAAACUCUAUGAUCCAUCGUCAGAUAAACGAAUGACGGGGGCCUCAGAGAAGAGACACAUCACUUAUUUUGCAACAUUGGAUGGCAGCUUAGGUUUUGUCUUACCACUUUCUGAAAAGGUGUACAGAAGACUGUUCAUGUUACAAAACGCUCUGGUGACCCACAUACCCCACGUGGCAGGCCUUAACCCUCGAUCUUACAGGCAUGUAACAAACAUAUUUCCUGAACUGAGAAAUACUCAGAAAAAUAUUCUGGAUGGGGAGCUAUUAUGGAAAUAUACUAACCUAAGUAUCAUGGAGAAAAUUGAGAUAGCCAAGCGGCUGGGGACAUCAAAUGACCAGAUCAUGGAUGAUUUGAUGGAAAUAGACCGACUUACUGCCCAUUUCUGAACAACCUGGGACACGUAAUGGACGUUCACUGGCAUGUUGUAUGCAACUGUGUAUUGAUACAAGGUUCACUGAAUAAGACAGUGAAAAAAAGCAGUCCUCAUCUUCACUUCUGAUAGCCUCGCUCCAUUGGAUGAUUGACUGUUCAUACAGAAAUAAUUUCAACAAUGUGGUUUUUUUCUUCCAUUUAUUCAUUUCAUGACAGAAUCAGACUUAGUCACUGUUCAGGAAUCACUGUGACUUUGUUAAAGAAUAAAAACGAUAUCAACGACA